AUGGAGUGCAGUAAUGAGACAAUGAACACAAACUACACAACCACCUCCUCAACCCCUCUGUCUCAGUCUCCUUCUUCUUCACCAUCCUCCCCUCCUUCUCCUCUGCCUCCUACUCCAACUCCAAACCCACCUGUGGUUAUAAGUCCUUGUGCUGCAUGCAAGAUCUUGAGGAGAAGAUGCGCGGACAAAUGCGUCUUGGCACCUUACUUUCCUCCCACUGAGCCAGCCAAGUUCACUAUUGCUCAUCGUGUCUUUGGGGCUAGUAAUAUCAUAAAGUUCUUGCAGGAUCUUCCAGAAUCUCAAAGAGCUGAUGCAGUGAGCAGCAUGGUUUAUGAGGCCAGUGCAAGAAUUAGAGAUCCAGUUUAUGGGUGUGCAGGGGCAAUCUGCCACCUCCAGAAACAAGUGAAUGAGCUGCAAGCACAAUUAGCCAAGGCACAAGCUGAGCUUGUCAACAUGCAAUGCCAGCAAGCCAACCUUGUAGCACUAAUUUGCAUGGAGAUGACACAAUCUAAUGAGCAGGGCUCUCCUCAGCAAUCACUUGAUCACAACUUCAUCGCCAGUUCUCAUGGCAGCAACCAGACCAACUUAGGCUUCCUUGAUGACACCACCACUCUAGGCUCAUUGUGGGAACCACUUUGGACAUGA